AUGCUCAAAGAAGCUCGUGACAGGAAAGAAGUAGACUACUCAUGGGCGGCUCCUCUUCUUGAGCGGACCAUUGACGCUGAUCGCAAAGUCCGGGUCAUCUGCGUUGGCGCGGGGUUCAGUGGCAUCGGGGCGUCAAUUCACAUGCGAGAGCAUAUACGAGACGUUGACUUCCAGAUUUACGAAUACUCUUUCUGCCAGAACACCCAGUGGUCGGAGUUCUAUGCGCCUGGCCCAGAGAUUCACAGAUACUUGAAGAGAGUUGUCGAUCACUACAAGUUGCAAAGCCUUAUCAAGCUGCGUCACAGAGUAGUUGGUGCCCAGUGGUCCCAGGAACACGCAAAGUGGUCUGUCAGAGUGUUAGAUCUAGACAAGAAUGAGGAGAAAGUAGAUGAGGCAGAUUACUUUUUGUAUGCCACUGGUCUUUUGUCAAAACCCAAAUGGCCGACGAUUGCGGCAGACCGAGAAAGAUAUAGGGGCAUCUUGCAUCAUUCUGCAAAUUGGGAUGCUGCCAAGGAGGAAGCUCAAGAAGGAUUCUCAUGGAAAGACAAGAGAGUUGCUGUCAUCGGCGUAGGGUCUAGUGCAAUUCAGAUUAUGCCACAAAUGCAGAGGAAAGCGAAACAUGUCACAAACUUCGUAAGGAGUCGCAGUAAGUACACCAAUGCAUUCUCUCCUGAAGAAAAGAAAAGCUUUACAAAUGAAGAGUUAUACUCUCAGUUCCGUCGGGAGUUAGAGCGAGGCCUCAACGCCGUACACAAGAUUACCGAACAGGGCCAGCCAUUGCAGCUGGAACUUGCAUCCAAACCUGAGAUUGCUAAGAGGCUCAUACCCGACUUCCCAGUUGCCUGCAAACGCCUCACGCCAGGGCCGGGUACGCUCAACAAAAUCUCACUUGCACACCCCCUUCAACCAUCUUUGGAAAACUUGGCUAAUAUGAGACGAUUUCUUGCAGGUUACCUCGAGAGUCUGACAGCAGACAAUGUUGAGUUCUGUUCUCAAGAGCUAGCAUCAUUCACUGAGAAAGGGCUCGUGACAGCAGAUGGCCGCGAACUUGAAUUUGACGCAAUUAUUUGCGCUACUGGCUUUGUGAGCUGCAUUCGCUAUUCAUUGACUCAUCUCAGGAUUAACACACGUAAACAGGAUGUCUCUGCUGUACCCAGCUUCCCGAUUCAUGGCGCAAAUAACGUCAAUUUGCAAGACAUGUGGGUCAAAGAUGUCAAACAGUACUUGGCGGUCUGUGUUCCUCAGAUGCCUAACUUGUACUCUGGUGUUGGCUCAGGGUCCUUGCUCAUCCUGAUGGAGCAACAAAUUGCCUACGUCACCAAGUGUAUCCAAAAGUGCAUCCGGGAAGGUUACAAGAGCAUCGUAGUGAAGGACGACGCUGUCGAAUCAUUUCUUCGGUACGCAGACAACUACUUUGACAGAACUGUGUAUUCAGGCAACUGCAAAUCGUGGUACAAGAACGGAGCUUCUGGAAAGGCCAAGAUCCGAACCCUAUGGCCUGGGUCUUGUUUACACGGGUACACCGCGCUGCGUCACCCUCGAUGGGAAGACUUCGAAUAUGAGAGGGCCGAAGACUAUGACCAUCGCAUGGCAUGGCUUGGCAACGGAGAUGUCCGACCGGAUCUUGAUCGUGUGUUCUAUUUGGACGAAAUUUGGGCGAUGCACAAGGUUUGUCCACAACAGGUUUUGACACAUUUACUACCCCAUUCCUCUACUGACUAUGACGAUGGUAGGAUCAUCCAAUGUUCAAUGAUUGAAGAUUUAGGUAGGCAUAUUAUGCGGGGACUCACCCGCAUAUGCCCGCAUCCAGGCAUGUGUCAAAUAAAGUACGUAGUAGAGUUUGCCGGUGGACUUAAGGUUGUUUCAUGA